AUGGAGAGCUUCGGAAUGGCCAACUUCAUCUAUAUAAUCUCGACCUCUGAGCAAGGCAAUGGUUUCUCUGGCUUAUCAACAUGGCAUAAAGUGCUGGCCGUGCUAUAUGUCCUCCACUACGUCAACCGCGCAUUGAUCACGCCCCUCUUCCUGGCCCCAAGCAUGUCACCAAUCCACAUUGAAAUCUUCUUCUUCGCCAUUUUAUUCCACUACCUGGCCUCGAGCACCUUUGCGUCCUGGCUGCUCGGUUACAAGACCGUUUUGGCGACAGCAGGCACCCCCGAGGCCCCAGGAGCCAUGUAUGACACUACGAUCGCCACUGCGCCAAAGUUAACGGGCUACAUGGCUUAUGUCCCUUACAUCGGUCUUGCAAUCUUCCUAGUCGGUAUGUACGGCAACAUUCAAUCCGAGAAUACAUUAUUCGAGUUGCGCAAGGAGGAGGCGCAUCGACGACAAAAGAAGCAGGACAACAGCGCUGCUGUCAGGCCCGAUGGUAAAUCUAUCUAUGACAAAGUAUAUGUUCUGCCGCCAGCGGAGGGGUAUUUCUCGUCGAUCUUAUUCCCUCAUUACGCGCUGGAAUGGAUUGAAUGGACUGGUUUCGUGAUCAUUGCACUCUCGGUCACUACACUUAACGUGGCGUCAGUUACGGCCGAAUCUGCCGCUUCGACUGGUGUGGUGCAACUUGCGCCAUUUUAUGCGCCUGUUGCUAAAUUCUUUAUGAGUACUUGCGGUUUACCGCUUCCGUUCCCCGUCUUGUUGAUAUGCGUGAAUAUUAUGACCACUACCGCGGUGCGUGCUCGCUGGGGAAGGACUUGGUAUAUUGAGCGUUUUGGCGAGAAGGCAGUUGGAGGCAGGGGAGCGUUCGUUCCUUAUUGCAAAUGGUUGUGA